UUUUGUGAGUAGUGUUGUGAUGAUAACGUGCGCCAGUAGUAAUCAUGUUUAGUUGUCCAGUUGUUACAGAAGUUUAGCGAGUAACGUGAUCACCGCAAAACUACGAAACCUUAGAAGCGAUAAUUAUAUUAUUUCAAAAAUCGACAAAACACAAGCAAAGUGUUGCAAUAUCUCAACUAAAGCUGACAACGGGCUCUCGAGCAAGUCUAGAAAAAUGCUUGACCAAUUGCCAAUCUGUGCUUGCGGUGAAAUUGUUCGUGGAUUUGGACGUGGUUCCAAAGAGCUAGGGAUUCCAACCGCGAACCUGGCGCACGAGGUGGUAAAAUCUCUGCCCGCAGCCCUGCACACCGGAGUCUACUACGGAUGGGCGAGCGUGAAUAAUGGCGAUGUGCACAAAAUGGUGCUCAGCGUGGGCUGGAAUCCCUUCUACAACAACAAAGAGAAGAGUGUCGAAACGCAUAUAAUGCAUAAUUACAACUGUGAUUUGUAUGGACAGAUGUUAAAAAUAUGCAUCACUGGCUAUCUGAGACCUGAACAAAAUUUCGAUUCAGUGGAGGCACUAAUUGCCGUCAUUAAAUCGGACAUAGAAAAAGCGAAAACGAUGCUGGAAACGUUGGAACAUAAAAAGCUACAAGAAGCUCAAUUUUUUUCCGAGGAAAUAAAAAAAUGUUGAUCAUUUGAAAUACCUCACAUAUAUAUAUACGUUAUCACUCAAGUAUGCUGAACCAUAAGAUUCACGUAUUUGAUAAAAUGUAUCAUGUACUUAAGAUAGAUCUUGAUCUUGAAUUAAAUGCAAUUAUUUUCACCACGUAA